CCUACAGCAGCGGACUAACACCACCACCGACAACACAAACGGCGUAACCGUUCUCACGUUUUCAUUAACCUGCGCGGAUGGAUAUAAAGAAGCGAGUUAAGCGGAGUCGAAUAUUCACCUGUGGAGCUCGCGGGCAGCCUUAAACUCCUUUGUAUUACAUUUAACGGACUUUACCUGCUGAAUUUGAACGUUUCAACAUUUAAUCUGACCUGGAUUUAGACGCGGCUCAUUCACUGUGGAUAAUGUGGAUUAAUCCGAUUUUAACGUGUUUUUUAAACCGACUUUAAAACACAUGAAGAGGAAUGUGGCGGCACAGGUGAAGUUUGAGACAUGAUGGACACCUUGACUGUGAUUCAUGGAAUAUAUAUAAAUAUAUUUAGCUUUUUUUUUCCAACGACAGUAACCUAUUUUAAACUCCAAUAAAAACGACUUUUCCUUCACCUCUCUUUCUUUAAAUCAAGAGAGAAUUUUCCCUGAUUCAUUCUCCUGAUAUUACCGGACAUAUUCCUGGACGUUUCCCUCCAUCCAGACUCGCAGUGACAGGACACAGCGCGCUGAGCAGCCUGCUGACAGGGCUGCUGCUUGCGGGCAAUGGGUAGUUGAGUCGGACCCUUUUAUCACCAGCCCCCCACCCCCCACCCCCCGUUUAAAAACCAGCAAAAAAACUGCCCAACAGCAUGAAGAGGAAACCCGACACCCGCUGAGGUCACAGGGAUAAAUAAUUCAGCGCUGGUGCAAGUGGACUACCUGCCGGGCAGAGGAUGGCGUGCUGGAAGGAGGGCGCCACCCUCCUGCUGGUUCUGCUGGUCCUGCUCGACCUGCACCCGGUCACCGGGCGAACGAGUCAACACCACAGCCUGAGGCGCCAAACUCGAGGGCACCACGAGCACCGGGCGCAGCAGAACAUCACGCUUGCCAUCAUUUUACCACAGAGCAACACUGACUACCCGUGGGCGUGGCCUCGCAUCGGCCCCGCCCUGGAGCGCGCUGUGAAAACCGUCAACGCCGACCCCACCCUGCUCCCUGACCACCACCUCACCUACGCCUUCAAGAACAGUGAAGACAAGGACGGCAUCUGCUCAGAGUCCAUCGCCCCGCUCAUGGCGGUGGACCUGAAACUCGCCUAUGACCCGUGGGCUUUCAUCGGGCCUGGCUGCUCCUACACCUCCUCCCCUGUUGGUCUCUUCACCACCCACUGGGAUGUUCCCAUGGUUACAGCGGGCGCUCCGGCCGUGGCCUUUUACGGCGGAGUCUACCCGUCCAUCACCAACACGGGCCCCACCCACAAGAAGCUGGGGAAGUUCGCCCUGAGGAUCUGUGAGCACUUCGGAUGGCGGGAACACGUGAUGCUCAUGUUCAACGACAACAAGGUGGAUGAUCGGCCGUGUUACUUCGCCGUGGAGGGUCUGUACACGGAGCUGAAGAGCAUCAACAUCACGCUGGAGGACAGAGUGUUCGAGGAGAACAAGCUGCCCAUCAACUACUCCCACAUCCUGUCCGACAUCCAGAACGAUGGCCGAGUGCUGUUUGUCUGCUGCUCCCCUGACGUCUUCAGGAAGCUGAUGGUUCAGUUCCGGCAGGCCGAUCUUCCUCACGAGCAGUACGUCUUCUUCUACAUCGACGUGUUCGGAGACAGCCUGAACUCCAAGAACAGACAGCCGUGGGCGCGUGGAGACGAGGAUGACGCCAUCGCUAAGGAGGCCUUCCAGAGUGUGAAGAUCCUGACGUACCGAGAGCCUCAGAACCGCGAGUACAGACAGUUCGUCAGCAACCUGAAGACGGACGCCAAGAAAAUGUUCAACUACACCAUCGGAGACACGCUGAUGAACAUCAUAGCCGGAGGUUUCUACGACGGUCUGAUGCUCUACACCCACGCUCUGAAUGAGAGCAUGUCUGCGUCCGGCGGUCGACCUCCGGGCAAAGUCGUCACCAAGAGGAUGUGGAAUCGAACCUUUCACGGUGUGACGGGACUGGUUCACCUGGACGAGAACGGAGACAGAGAGACAGACUUCGCCCUGUGGGACAUGAUCGACACCAACAGCAGCGCCUUCCAGAUUGUUUUGGUUUACAACAGCUCCGAGGAGCAGCUGACGGCCAUACCUGGGACAUCGCUGCACUGGCUGGGCGGAGUCUGUCCUCCUGACGUCCCCGUCUGCGGCUUCAAGAACGACAACCCCGUCUGCCUCGCCAAAACAAUCACCAUCCACCAGAUGGUCUCCAUCGUGGUCUUCUUCAUCUUCACCAUGACGCUCACCAUCACCGUCUUCAUCUACAGGAGGAUGAAACUGGAGAAGGAACUGGUGGCUCAGCUCUGGAGGAUUUCCUGGGAUGACAUCCAGAUGAGUAACCUGGACAAAGUGCUGCGGAGCGGCAGCAGGAUCACACUGUCACUGAGAGGCUCUAAUUACGGCUCCCUGAUGACUGGAGAUGGAAACAUCCAGGUUUUUGCAAAGACCGGAUACUACAAGGGAAACAUCAUCGCCAUCAAAUACAUCAACAGGAAACGCAUCGAGCUGAACAGGAACAUCCUGUUUGAGCUCAAGCAUAUGCGUGACGUUCAGAAUGAACAUCUGACCAGGUUCAUCGGAGCGUCCAUCGACCCCCCCAACAUCUGUAUCAUCACAGAGUACUGUCCCCGAGGAAGUCUGCAGGACAUCUUGGAGAACGACAGCAUCACUCUGGACUGGAUGUUCAAAUAUUCUCUCAUCAACGACAUCGUCAAGGGCAUGGUGUUCCUCCACAACAGCGUCAUCUUCUCUCACGGUAAACUGAAGUCGUCCAACUGUGUCGUCGACAACCGCUUUGUCCUGAAGAUCACCGACUACGGUUUGUCCAGCUUUAGGUCCAAGAGCGACUCGGGGAAGGACGCUCACGCCUACUACGCCCAGAGGCUGUGGAUGGCUCCAGAGCUACUCAGGAUGGAGGCUCCUCUUCCUCAUGGAACUCAGAAAGGAGACGUCUACAGCUUCGGCAUCAUCCUCCAGGAGGUGGCGCUGCGCCGAGGAGCCUUUUACUUAGAGGGAGACCCCCUCAGCCCUAAAGAGAUCGUGGACCGGGUGGUUCUGGGCGAGUGGCCCUGCCUGAGGCCGACCAUCGACACCCAGAGUCACAGUCCGGAGCUGGGUCAGCUGAUGCAGCGCUGCUGGGCCGAGGAGCCGACGGAGAGGCCGGAGUUCAACCACAUCAGAUUGCUGCUGCGCAAACAAAACAAGGAGUCAAGGACCAACAUCCUGGACAACCUUCUGUCCCGUAUGGAGCAGUACGCCAACAACCUGGAGGAGCUGGUGGAGGAACGAACACAAGCUUAUCACGAGGAGAAACGCAAGGCGGAGGCUCUGCUGUACCAGAUACUACCACACUCGGUGGCGGAGCAGUUGAAGCGAGGGGAGACGGUUCAGGCGGAGGCCUUUGACUCCGUCACCAUCUACUUCAGCGACAUCGUUGGUUUCACGGCCAUCUCCGCAGAGAGCACGCCGAUGGAGGUGGUGACUCUGCUCAACGACCUCUACACUUGUUUUGACGCCAUCAUCGACAACUUUGACGUUUACAAGGUGGAGACCAUCGGCGACGCCUACAUGGUGGUGUCGGGGCUGCCGGUGAGGAACGGGAAGCUGCACGGCAGAGAGAUCGCCCGCAUGGCGCUCGCCCUGCUGGACGCCGUCCGCACCUUCAAGAUCCGCCACCGAGCGGAGCAGCAGCUGAAGCUGAGGAUCGGGAUUCACAGCGGUCCGGUGUGUGCAGGGGUCGUGGGUCUGAAGAUGCCACGUUACUGUCUGUUUGGUGACACCGUCAACACGUCGUCUCGUAUGGAGUCGAGUGGAGAAGCGCUGAAGAUCCAUGUGUCGGCGACGACCCGCGACGUCCUGCUGGAGUUCAACUGCUUCCAGCUGGAACUGAGAGGAGAGAUCGACGUCAAAGGCAAAGGAAAGAUGACCACCUAUUGGCUACUGGGAGAGAGCAGCAGCCAAUGACAACACACGGCGGACGAGAGGAUGACGGAGGAGAGGAGGGGAUGAAUGGACAAGGAGGGACAGGGAGGACGAAAGGAAACAGGGAAGUAGGAGGCAGAUAAGGAAACGAAGUAGAGAGAAGGGAACAGAGGAGAGGAUGGAGGAAAUGAAUGAAGGAAAUGGCUCCUCUUCGUCAGACGACUCUUCACCUCCGAGAAGAUUCUCAUUUCUGAACAAAAAAAAGUCCUGGCUGGUUUUAGAUUCCACAACA